GGGUCUGAACCUGAGCCUGAGCCAGUGAACAUAUGCUUUUGCACACAGUGCCCUGGGGUUGUGCAGGGUGGUAUGUGAGUGCCAGUACCAGUGCAGUCUGGAGCAGGCGUGAGAGUGCAUGUCAUAGUCCACGGAGGCCUGUUGGGGUGGUGUGUGAGGCAGGGCAUUUGUGGCCAGUAGGAGGUGUGUAGGUCGUGUGGAUGUGUGCUAGUCCUUGGAGCUGGGGGCAUGUUGUAAGAGUGUGUAUGUAGAAGGCAGGGCUUGGAGACUGACCAUGGUAGGUGUGCAGAAGGGUGGGAUGACCUGCAGGUUUGGGGAAUCCCUGUGAGAUUUAUGUGUGAGAGGGGCUCACGCAGCCUCUGUUGGAUAUCAGAAUGUGUAUGUCUUCAUGGAGCACUGUACAAGUUGUCCUCUGGAUGGAGGAAACUGGGAGCAUCUGCUGCCCUGGCUUUUGAGAGAUUGCCUGGUCCCUCUGGGACAGUCUUAUAGAGUCCCAGACUCUCCUGGGUCUAGGCAGAGGUUUUUGUGUCCCUAUGAGCCCUCCCCCAACAUUCCUUUGGCCUUUGAGGGGGAGGGGGCCUAGCCCAUUGGGAUCCCUCCCAGAGGGAGGGGAAGAUUCCGGAGACCUCCUCCACUCCCCACCUCCUCACAUGCCACUGGCUUCCUUGCCCCUCCCUGGAAAGGAAAGGUUCUUGUACCCAUUCUGAAGUAGGACAAACUGAGAAUUCAUGGCUGGUUUGGGAGAGGAUGCUGGGUGUGGAUUUUUAGCAAUCCUUGGGCCAAGGCUGGGACCAGGGCCAGGAGAAGUUUCUGGAGAACCUAGGACCUUAGCUUAUCUAGCUGGUCCAGAGUGGUGGGUUGUGAGUUUGGGGCUUUACUUGACUUUCCCAAUCCUGGUGGUUCCUGCUCCCCUAGGCACUGACCUGUGGCCUGGACCCACCCUCCAUCCCAUGCCCAAUACAGCGGGGGCGGGCAGAGGGCGGGGCUGCUGCCAGAUCUAGUCAGACAGGUGGAGCCGCUGGGGCAGGAGUCUCACAAGAGCCAGGCUGCCAGAGAGGAAGGGCUCUGCAAGAGAAGAGAGCCCAGCAAGCCUACGAGAGGAGAGGGGAGGAGAAGAGAGGCUGGAGUCCCUAGCCAGGAUGGAGGCUAUUGUGAACUUGUACCACGAGAUGAUGAAGUGUGCAGAUCCCCGGGUCCAGGGUUACCCUCUGAUGGAGUCCCCCCUGCUAAUGACCUCCAUCCUCUUGACAUACGUGUACUUUGUCCUCUCACUUGGACCUCGCAUCAUGGCCAACCGGAAGCCCUUUCAACUCCGAGGUUUCAUGAUUGCCUACAACUUCUCAUUGGUGGCACUCUCCCUCUACAUUGUCUAUGAGUUCCUGAUGUCUGGCUGGCUGAGUACCUACACCUGGCGCUGUGAUCCUGUGGAUUAUUCCAACAGCCCUGAGGCUAUUAGGAUGGUUCGAGUGGCCUGGCUCUUCUUAUUCUCCAAGUUCAUUGAGCUAAUAGACACGGUGAUCUUUAUUCUCCGGAAGAAAGAUGGGCAGGUGACCUUCUUGCAUGUUUUUCAUCACUCAGUGCUUCCCUGGAGCUGGUGGUGGGGGGUAAAGAUUGCCCCAGGUGGAAUGGGGUCUUUCCAUGCCAUGGUAAACUCCUCUGUGCAUGUUAUCAUGUAUCUAUACUACGGAUUAUCUGCCCUUGGCCCUGUGGCUCAACCUUACCUUUGGUGGAAAAAACACAUGACAGCCAUUCAGCUGAUCCAGUUUGUCCUGGUCUCGCUGCACAUCUCCCAGUACUACUUCUUGCCCAGCUGCAACUACCAGUACCCAGUCAUUAUCCACCUCAUCUGGAUGUAUGGCACCAUCUUCUUCAUUCUGUUCUCCAAUUUCUGGUAUCACUCUUAUACCAAAGGCAAGCGCCUGCCCCGUGCACCUCAGCAAAAUGGAGUUCCCAGUAUUGCCAAGGUCAAGGCUAACUGAGAAGUGUGGCCUAGAUAGAUGCCCACCUAAGUGCCUCAGGACUGCACCUUGGGCAGCAUCCUUCAGUGUCCUCCCCACCUACACCUGUGACCAGGGCUCAGGAGGUCAGGACUGAACAGGGGACUGGCCCUGCCCCCUCCCCACAGCUGGUCUACAAGGGCCACUGCUUCCAUUCCUCACACUUCUGGCGGACAGCUCCAGGGAUGUGGCCUCAUUGCCCUCUGGCAUUUCAGAGCUGGGGGCUGAAAGGGCUGGACAUUUACUUCCCCCUCUCUGCUUUAAACUUGGGAGAGGAACACUCAGGGCUGGCCCCCACCAGGGUC